AUGAGAAGUAAUUUCAUCCAAUUUUUGGGAUCAGUAAACGACAGUACAUUAAAUAACGUCGAAGUUGCAUUUACAGUCGCGGACUGUGCGGUAUUGCUUGUGACCUUUUUCGCGGGCAUUACGGCGAACCUGUUCGUCGCGUACGCCGUGUACCGCCAGAAAUCUCUCCAGACGUCUAACAACGCGCUGCUAGUUAACCUUGCUGUUACUGAUUUUCUGCGAUGUGCUACCGAUUGCCCGUUGCUCCUAAUCAUUGUCCUAAGUGGUCGGAGGGGUGGAGACCUCGGAAACAUUGUCUGCAACGCAGAGGCUCUGCUGUUCUCUCUCAGCUGUUUAGUUCAGUUGUUCACUCUGGCGAGUAUCAGCGCUGAACGAUAUCAAGCGAUUGCGUAUCCAUUUAAAACCGCUCAGCGGCGAAAACGGGUUAUGGCAUGGAUUCCGUUAACUUGGGCAGUGCCCAUCAUAAUAUCAGUUAUAUGUGUAGUGUUUGCAAAAGAUUCUCCUGUGUAUGUUCGGUGUAGAGCUUUGAAUUUGGAUACAUUAACGCAUGACUCGUUCGGGCGGUACGUUUUAUUUCCUGUCUGGUUCACAUGCUUUGCCGUUAUUAUUGGAUUCUAUGCCCAAAUAUUCAUUUUAGUGAAGGCGCACAGCAGGAAAAUAUUUGAUAAAGGUGUCUUCCCUCCACCUAGUACAAAAGUCGACGAAAACAUGAAAAAUGUAGUGAAAGCAACGGAAGCAAAACGUACCACUGAGACUAAACCAGUAAUGACACCCGUGAUUGAUAAUACAAAUUUGACACCAGAGGUAAAUUGGUCGGCGGGUGAAACAAAGUUCCCUAAAUUGGAUCCUAAUGUACAAAAACCCUUUAAUAUACCAGCAGCCGCUGAAAGCCGGUCUCUUAAUAUGGAUACUAAGUCCUUGGAUUUCAGAAAGACGAAAGAUGCACCUGAUCAACCCAAAGAGCAAAAUGUGACAUUUGUCUCUAAACUGCACAAUAGUGCACCGAUACUUGGAGAAUUGGAAAACAAUGAGGAUCCCAGUCCCGUAGUUGCUGAGAUCACAGAUUGCACUACUUCAGUACCAAAAAAAGAUUAUUCCACCCUCGUGCCUCCGGACAACGCGAACCAAAACGGAGAAGUGAUGGGAGCAGUUUGCAUGAUUCAGUCUUUCGUGAAUAAGGAACGAGGAAACAAGAAGAAAGAAGGGAAACUGGCCAAACGCUCCGGAUACAUAAUACUUACUUUUGUAAUUUUCUGGAUACCGCUGAUUGGAACAGUAAUCUUCAACAUCUUUCUGAACAGAGAUCGGAAUCCAUCAGUCGAGAUCUUUGAGGAGUUCGAAAUUCUGGCAGUCUCGAUUGCCUGCAUGACAUCUCUUACCAAUCCAAUUAUUUACGCAGCGGUGAACCCUCAGUUCCGCUCAGAAUUAUUCUACCUAAAAUUGAGAUGUAAAGCAUUUUGUACAAAACCAUAACCCUAAAUACAAAAACGUUAGAAUUACCAAACUAUUUUGUUUCUGUUUGAAAAUUCACAGCUCCAUUUGUUCCGUUUUUUCCAACCCGUUUUACCGACUUUAUAAUCAAAUGUCCAGUCAGUCAGUACCACAGCACAAAUGGACUCCUUUGGAUAAAAUGAUAACUGUGAUAACCAUCAUUUUCCCUUUAAAUACUUUGUUGCAUUUCACACAUAACUAAACUAAAUAAUUUCAUGUAGAGACAAUGAAAUGUAGUCACAUCCUUUGGGGUUGUAUGUUGGUAAUCUUCAAAAAAUAAAUACUAUAAACAUCU